AUGUCGCUCUUCCUCCAGAAGUACGAGCGGGUGCAGGAGAAGUUCGACCAGAACCUCGGCAUGGUGGGCGCCUGCAUGGCCGCCCUGGGGUCCGUGAGGCUGCACCCCUCCCUGCGCACCGCGGAACGCGAGUUGCUCGCCGACGUGGUCCCCAGCGACCGCAUCUUGCGGUUCACCUCCGGCCUCCAGGACGAGCGCGCGCGGCUCGCGCAGAGGUUGGAGAAGCUGCGCCAGCAGGACUCUAGUGCGCAGGCGCUCUGCGACCAGGCGUCGGAGAAGGUGCGCCGGUUCAUCGAGGAGGAAGACGUGGCCACCGCCGCGGCCGCCAUCCGGAGAGAGCUGGCCCGCGCCGAGCUCGAGCUGCUGCCGGCCUUGCGGGCGAUCGCGCCGCCGCAGGGGGCGCCGCCGGAGUCCGUGCUGGAGGCCGAGAGGCGCUCGGGGGAGGCCCUCGCAGGCCUGUCCGAGGUGUGCAGCGGGUUGUGCGGCCUUCUGGCAGAGCUGCAGGGCUGCUGGGAGAGGCGCCACUCCCUCAUCCUGCAGCGGCUGAGGGAGGUGUCCUACAUUCAAUCCAAG